AUGACGUGGAAGGACGUGGUCGCCUGCUACCACCUCUGUGUGCCCCUCAGCAUCAUGGUGAGUCUCCAGCUGCAGUGCCUCUUCUUGGGCGUGUGCCCGGGCACCGCUCUCCCCCUCCUCUUUGCACCGGGUUUGGCCAACGCGAUCUUUGGCAUAUCGCUUGCAUCCGCGUCGCUGCUGCUCGCCCUGGCGCUCUUGCCGGCACCGCGGCUUGUCCACGCUGUAGUGUCGGCCCUCUCGGCCGCAAGCCACUUUGUACUUGCCUGUCUCUGCCUCCAUGUGGUCGCGACCGCCGCGGACGCGAGUGAUCUCGUAUGGACUGCUGGGAGCUCAACGCUGCAAGCUUACUACAAGUCGCCCGAGAACGUGCGCGCCGCGAUGGUAACGCUGAACGGCGCAGUCGCUAGCAUCCAGCUGGUCCUUGUCGUGGUCCUGAGCUGCAACAUUGGCAUUUACAUGGUGCAGCUCGCGUCCUAUUGUAUAUCGAAAUGCACGCUCGUGGCGUAA